GGGGGUCUGAGAAGAAGUCACUACCAUGAAGUUGUUCGGCUUCGGGAGCCGCAGGGGCCAGAAGGUCCUGGGCUCCACAGACCACGUCUACACGGGUUCAGGGUACCGAAUCCGGGACUCCGAACUGCAGAAGAUCCACAGGGCGGCUGUCAAGGGCGACGCCGCGAAAGUGGAGGGCUGCCUGGCGCGCAGGAGCGGAGACCUGGAUGCCUUGGACAAACAGCACAGAACUGCUCUACAUUUGGCCUGUGCCAGUGGCCAUGCGAAAGUGGUAACUCUCCUGAUUAACAGAAAGUGCCAGAUUGAUAUCUGUGACAAAGAAAACAGGACACCUUUGAUACAGGCUGUCCAUUGCCAGGAAGAGGCUUGCGCCCUUAUUUUGCUGGAACAUGGUGCCAAUCCAAACCUUAAGGAUAUCUAGGGCAACACUGCUCUCCAUGAUGCUGUGUACAAUGAGAGCACCUCACUGGCAGAAAAACUGCUUUCCCAUGGUGCAAAUAUUGAAGCACUGGACAAGGACAAUAAUACUCCACUUUUAUUCGCUAUUAUUUGCAAGAAAGAGAAAAUGGUGGAAUUUCUAUUGAAAAACAAAGCAAGCGUACAUGCCAUUGAUAGGCUGAGACGAACAGCCCUCAUGCUUGCUGUGUACUGUGACUCACCAGCUAUUGUCAACAUCCUUCUUAAGCAAAAUAUUAAUGUCUUCACUCAAGACACGCAUGGAAAAGAUGCAGAAGAUUAUGCUAUUUCUCGUCAUUUGACAAAAAUUCAACAACAAAUUUUGGAACAUAAAAAGAAGAUACUUAAAAAUGACAAACCAGAUGUUGGAAGUUCUGAUGAAUCUGCAGUCAGUAUUUUCCAUGAACUGUGUGUGGAUUCGUUGCCUACAUCGGAUGACGAAGACAUGAGCGUUGCUACUAAGAAGUGUGUCCCCAAGGAUGUGUCACAGCCUUUACCUGGACCUUCCCAUGAAAAAGGCAACAGAAUAGUCAAUGGAAAAGGAGAAGUAGAUAAUGAGGCUAAAGUCAAAGGAGGAAAUAAUACAAACAAAAGUGAAAAAAUACAAGUAUCAGAAAAUCUAUGUGAUCGCAUAUCUGCUGCUGCUGCUGACAGAUUACCCCAACAAAGAAAGACUUGGGAAAUGCAUCCUCAGCAGUUUCCCAAGAAGCUGAAGGAAGAGCGUGAUAGAUGCACCUUAAAACAGGAAAAUGAAGAAAAAGCAAAUGUUAAUACACUGUACAAAAAACAUAGAGAAGAAUUAGAAAGGAAAGAGAAACAACAUAAGAAAGAAGUUGAAGCAAAACAACUUGAACCGACUGUUCAGUCACUAGAGAUGAAACCAAAAACUGCAAGAAAUACUCCAAAUCAGUUCAAUCAAUCUUUGUUUGAUGAUCUUAUGGCAGAGAAGGAAGCUGUAUCUUCAAAAUGUGUCAAUCUGGUGAAAGACAAUCAAGUUCUUCAACAGCAUUUAUUAUCUAUGAAACAAGUACAACAGGAAUGUGAAAAACUUGAGGAGGAUAAAAAGAUGCUGAAAGAACAAAUAUUAAAUCUUAAGACCCAUAUGGAAAACAAUAUGGUAGAACUUGGCGAAGUACAAGAAUAUAAAUCGGAGCUUGAUGAAAAGGCAAUGCAGGCAAUAGAAAAAUUAGAAGAAAUCCAUUUACAGGUUAGUUUUCUAAAUCAGGAUCAAUCUUUCAGAGUAAUGAUUCUCACUAUGGAGUCAUUUGAUGGUUAA